UUUUCUAUCGAAUCCUAUAAAUUUGACAAGCUAAUUUUUUGUUUGGAAAGAAGUUUAAAAAACAAAAUGGAAAUCGUGGCAGUGGGUCUGGCGGCCUUUUUCCAACUGAUGGGCUGCUACUUUUUUUUUGCUCAACCGCAGGAUCGCUGUUCGCCGGCUCCAAAUUUGGCCAGCUGGUUAUUUCUGGGUGCCACGUUGUGUUUCCUGUGGGAUAUCAAAAUAUAUCCUCGACGAUUUAUGCACAUGUCCCGCUUCUGGCGCAUCCUGAUCGAGAUUGUGGCCUCCAUUUUCCUGGCCGAGGUGGGCACCGUCAUAAUUUGGUGUGCCUUGGAAAAGUUCCUGUUCAGCUUGACGAACGAGCUCGUAAAUUUGACGCAAUGUAGCUGUCGACCCUCGCAUUUUGUAUAUUGGCUUUCAGGACUAAUUACCAGCUUGAUAAGCGGAGCGAUGCUGUGGUACGUCCUUGAAGCCACCGACGGCGUGUACUACAUAAAGAAGUUUUCCUGCAAUCUAAGAACUACAAUGGGCGUAACCUGGCGGAUGUUCCGCUGCUAUAUCCAAAUGAAUAUGGCGGCCAAGCGCCGGGCAUUAACUAUAUGCCAAUUAGCCAAGAGGGCGGGUACAUGCAAAAUGACAGCGUGUGAGUAUUCUGAAUCGGAUGAUGAUUGCAGUGACUGAUACGGAAAUCAUUGACCGUCGUUUGUAUACUUUUGGAUAUUUUGCUGAUAAUGAAAUGUUAUACUAGAACUAUGAUUUCUUUCUGGCAAUUAAUACAGAACUAAUUCGAAUAUUAUU